AUGUCGCUCAGAGUGUUGCCCAUCCUGUAUAUCAACCUGGGAGGUGAAAUGAUGUAUAUCCUCAAGCAGAGGCUCAAGGCACAAAAGAUAUCGCCCGAUAAGGCUCACAAAGUGACGACGGACAUAGUGAGCACCAUGCUGGGUCCCCGCUUCAUAUCGGAGCUGUUAAAGCCUCAAGAGCUCUACACCCAGAGGGCAGUGAGGUGCAUCUUCGAGAAGCUUACGCACGCUUCUAUCAUGAGGCUCAACACUUCGAGCAUGGACAAACUGUAUGACCUGAUGACGAUGGUGUUCAAGUACCAAGUGUUUGCCUGUAGCACGCCCACGGACCUGCUGCGCAUCACACUCAACCACUUGGACGCGAUACAAGGCUACGUGGCUGGGACCCUAGCAUUAAAUGACGAAGUCUUUCACGUCUAUAUCCUGAUCGGCGGAUGACCCUGUCCUCUCCUUCAGGCCUAUAAAGAACUGUCUGUGGGAGAGAUGCAGAUGAUUCGAUACUCAUUGCUGAACUUCCUGCAGGAACUACGUGUUCGGGUGUCAGUCUUUCUGAAGACUGGCAUCCAGCUACCCAGCGGCCUGUUUAUGAUCCCAAAGUCCUUGCCGCAAGGAGUAGAGCUACCGGGGACCAUCAGGGAGUAUGGGCCUGGUGGAAAGCUCCUCAAGGAGACUACCUUCCAAAGUGGAUGGGAACCGGACAAUGGACAUUCGCUCGAUCUAGGGAGCAACAUAUACAGCCCAACAGAGACCGAUGUUCCAAGGGCCUCUUUCCCUAUCGCACAAGAAGCAGGCAGUCUGCCAACAGAGGAAACACUGGAGGCAGAGGACAAUGCAGACUGCCAGGCUGAGCUAGGGCUUUUGCUAAACCUUGUAGGCCAUAACACAGCAACAGCUUCUAGCUCAAACAUCGACAUAUUUCAGGAACCAGUCCUGGGGUACAGUGAACCAGAGGAGCGGAUCGUGACCAUUGAUGGGCAGGGCAAAGGAAGCAGUCAGCUGGACGAAGUCCUGGCAGAACUCUGCAUUCCUGAGGAGGAAGCAUCAGAAACAGACUGGCUAGAGCUCAUGGACAGUGCUCAGUGAGGGACGUGUGCUGAGGUUUUUGAAGGACACAUCUGAUCCUAUCGUGCAAAACUACAACUACACCCGCGUUCAACUAGAGAAUGGCACAAAACGCAAUAUGCCAAGCCAGAGAGAGAUACUCCGCUGGAGUAAUUAUAUUGCAGGGGUUCGAGGUUAUAGUGGUUAAUUAUAGUCUCGGUGUCCGCACACUACCUGGUGCAACAUAGAGUGGUGCAGCUAGCUGUUGCAACCAGACCUCUGCAUAACUAAUCCAUUAGCACGCUCACUCAUGCUCAAUUUGGCCAAUGAACUGAGUGUUAGAGAGCGAGCAGAGAGCUGAAUGGACACUGAGUGAGCGUGAAUGAGCGAGCUGAGCGGACGGUGAGUGCGCGAGCAGAGAACUGGCCAGGCAGCGAGUGAACUUGAGUGAGCGCGAGUCGAAACUGCCGAGGUAUGUAAACUGUCUAUGUAACUGUGUAUGUAUGCUGAUGUGGAAAAUCAUUGCGUUACGUUCUCAGUGCUCCUUCAUAGGCGACACAACGACAGAGAUUCCUUGUGAAAAGCAAUAAUGCGAGUGUGAGUGCGAGAGCCAAAUGCUGAGCUGGGGAUGAGUAAACUUGAGUGAGCGAGAGUAAAAACUGACAAGGUCUGGUUGCAACCAAUAGGAAGAAGCGUAGGGUGGGGCCUAAAUCUGCUCUUCUUAGGUUCAACAUUAAUAUAGGUUGUCAGCUGGAGCUUAGAGUAUGAAUAAUUGGUUGUGACUUUUUCAGGUUAAACUCGAGUUGUCCUUCAAAUUAGGACCAAUUUGGGCUCAACCAGAUUUCUUCUCGAAUUCCAAACAAACAUUGCGCUGUGUCACGUGCACUA